GGCGGCGGGGACGGGCACCGGAACAUGGCGCCGCUGCGGGUGCUGGAGCUUUACAGUGGCAUCGGGGGAAUGCACCAGGCCCUGAAAGCAAGCUGCACGUGGGCAGAAGUUGUUGCUGCUGUUGAUGUUAACACUCUUGCCAAUGAAGUUUACAAGCACAACUUUCCUGGCACUGCACUGUGGGCAAAGACAAUUGAGGGCAUAACACUGCAGGAAUUUGACAGAUUAUCUUUUGACAUGAUUUUGAUGAGCCCUCCCUGUCAGCCAUUUACAAGGACUGGCCUACAAGGUGAUGUCUCUGACCCACGGGCAAAGAGCUUUCUCCAUUUCCUUCAUGUUCUGCCAAGGCUCCAGAAGCUUCCAACCUACCUACUAUUAGAAAAUGUUAAAGGAUUUGAAUCCUCUUCUGCAAGAGCUAAGCUGUUGGAAACGCUGGAGGCCUGUGGGUUUGAACACCAGGAAUUUCUCCUGUCUCCAACUUGUCUCGGCAUUCCCAACUCCAGGCUGCGCUACUUCCUGCUAGCACGACGGCACCAGGACCCCUUUCCCUUUCGAGUUCCUGGGCAGAUUUUGACAAGAUUCCCAGAUCAGGAUCUAGAAGACUUAGUCAAGGACAAAGCUGCUGACCAAGUGGGUGAAGCUAGUUCCAUGUCUUCUGAGGAAAAGAGUCUGGAUUCAGACACUGGUCCUGAGCGAAGCAGCAAAAGCAGUUUGCCAAAAGGAGCUUUUCUUUUCAAGCUUGAAACUGUAGAGGAAAUGGCAAGGAAGGAGGGUCAGGACACUGAUUCUUCUGUUCAAAUGCUGGAAGAUUUCUUGGAAGAUGAAGAUGAAGAGAAGAGUCAGUAUUUGUUGCCACCAAAGUCUCUGCUGCGCUAUGCUUUCCUGCUGGACAUUGUUAAACCCUCCUGCCGCAGAUCCACCUGCUUCACCAAAGGGUAUGGACACUACGUGGAGGGCACAGGCUCAGUCCUGCAGACAGCAGUGGAUGUACAGCUCGAAUCAGUGUUUAAAGGCAUUGAGGAGCUGCCAGAAGAGGAGAAGCUUAUGAAGUUGUCGACGCUGAAGCUGAGGUACUUCACCCCAAGAGAAAUAGCCAAUCUGCACGGAUUCCCGCUGGAGUUUGGUUUUCCUGACCAAGUGACAGCAAAGCAGCGCUACCGGCUGCUGGGGAACAGCCUCAACGUGCACCUGGUGGCCAAACUCAUCUCCAUUCUUCUUGGAUAAACCCGAGGAGCACAGAAAUCUUCCAUCUUUCAAGAGAAAGCUAAUGGCAGCUCAAUAAAGCCCACAGCUUCCCCAGGUGCCUGAGCAGGUGGUGUGUGAGCAGCCCUGAUGAGCUUUCCAGACCUGGCCCCGAUGGUCUGUUUGCACUGUAGAGGAGUUCAAUGGACGUGGAAGUUCCUGGGACUUAAUUGCUUUAUUUAACCAUCCCUUGUAGCUGCCAAAGGACAAAGAGCAGCACUUCGGAUACCUCAGUGAACAUGGACAAGCCUGGUUCCUUUUAUCUUAAAGCCAGCCUGUCUGUAUGGUGUAAAAAGGCUGUUAAGUGCCAAAGUUGCUUUAAUUAAGUUCAGUGACCAAGCUCUAGAUGUAAAAUGUCUUUGUCUGCAAAUGUCAACAGUGCUCUUGGGAGCUGCAGCACACACAGGAUGAUGGCUUGGGUGGGGCUGUAGCCACUCUGUUUGCUUCUCCACUUCUCUGCCAUUUUGAGGAGUGCACAGUGUUGUCCUGAGCUGCUGCUUUCUUACUCUCUAAACACUUGCAGGUUGCUGGCACGCACCUGUAUCUAUCUGGGGUGGUUUGUUGAGGUGCAGAUAAAUAAAAAUAAUUCAAGGAA